AACAAAGAAGAAGAAGAAGAAAUAUUUCCAAAGAAGAAGAGCUUGUUUACAAUAAUGCUUCGUUCAGUAACUAUUUAGGGGAUGAUCGUGUUGCACAGCAGUCUGUACAGCGUUCUUGCUCUCACCAUGUUGUCCCUCCUGUUGUCGCGAGGUUUCUGUCAGGCUGUCACUGAAGUCAACCGAAGGUCUUACCCGACUGUAGCUUCAUUUAUCCGGACUUUCACGACCCCCAGCACAUCAUGCGGAGGAACAUACGACGAUGAAGCGUCACUGGUGACCCCCUCUCAGCUGAAGGCCAUGCUGUCAAACCGUAGCGUUCAGCUUUUCGAUGUGAGGAAUCCAGAUGAAUACCAGGAUGGCCACAUUCCUCAAGCUAUCAACCUCCCAUUGAAUAUCGUGGAGGAGUCUCUGAAGCUGCCUCCUGAGAGCUUUAAGCAGAAGUUUGAAGUGAAGGCUCCUGGAAAAGAUGACGAUAAUAUAGUGUUUAAUUGCAGAACCGGCGUUAGGAGUGGCGAGGCCCUGGGCAUUGCCCGUCAGAUGGGAUUUCACAGAGCAAGACACCUGAAAGGAGGGUACGUUGCAUGGGUCGAGCAAGAAGGAAAUUGAAAUCAUACUAAAAUCUACUUCCUGUGAGAUUAGGGUUUUGAAAUGUAGAAAAUCAUUAAACAGAAUGUCAUCACUGUUCACUUUGGCAGCAGUGUUUAGGCUGUUGAAAGUUAGCUUUACAUACUUCUUAUUUUAAAGUUACUGAAUUUGAUUAAAAUACGCAUUAAACUUGAGUAAAUACAGCAAGUGUCCUUUUUAUUCGAAAUAAAAUCAUUGGAGGUGUGUUAAAUUUGAACAAGUUUCAUGUUAAUAAAAGGUUUUAAAAAAAAUGUCUCUUUCUAGAUUUUUGCUUUGAGGGAAUCUUACAGGAGUUUAUUGUAAGCAUGUUCUGUUUCAGCUGUUUUGUCUUACCAUGCCGAACCUAUGUAGGAAAAUCAUGUUUUGAAGUGCAAGUUUGAUCUGUUGAUAUCUUCCGUGCCUAUUGCAGUGAAAAAAUUCAGGGCUGUCCAAAGUUCAAUACACAAAUGAUUUGAUAGCCACAGCAUAAUGGACGUUGACCUUUCAGCCCUCAGUGGCAGUGCAUUAGAAAUCAUUUCAUUUUAGAUCAGCCACGUUGGAUCAGGGGUACUUCAGAAAACCACUGUCAAUCAUCAUAUUUCAGCACAAAGUCCUGGAAAUGUCACUUGAAACUGGAUCAAACAAGAACAAAUCCAUACAUCAUCUCAAGUGGAAAGGCAUAAGUGCUCUACAGGUGGACAGAAAGAGUCUAUAUGUGAUUGAUGGUCAAAUGAGUCAAAAUUUCAUUGUGUCAGUAAUGCUAAAGGAACAUUGGAACACUUUUAGAUAAAGUUCAUAGGCUAACCUGGAUGAUGAUAAGCAGGCGUGUUGUACAUAAAUGUCUUGCUAAAAAAAA